AUUUAUGUAUGUGGGGAUAAAACUGAGUAAACUUAAAUAUGGAGUGGGAGUGGCUGUCGGAGUUCUUGAAGGGGAUGGUGAAACCGGCGGCGGCCACGGCGGUGGUGUUGCUGGCGGCAGUGUUAUCUUACUUUCAGAAGCUGAAACUAGAGGGAGAGAUGGUUUACGCCAUUGUUAGAGCUUUCAUUCAGCUCUCCGUUAUUGGCUUUGUUCUUCGAUUCAUUUUCAAUCAAAACAACGUCAUCUGGAUCAUUCUUGCUUAUCUCUUCAUGGUCUCCGUCGCCGGGUAUACCGCCGGCCAGCGAGCCAAACACGUACCCCAUGGGAAAUACAUUGCCGGAGCUUCCAUAAUGGUUGGCACAUCCAUAACGAUGUUGCUGUUAGUUUUGUUAAAAGUUUUUCCUUUCACUCCACAAUACAUAAUUCCGGUCGCCGGGAUGAUGGUUGGCAACGCAAUGACUGUCACCGGAGUUACGAUGAAAAGACUUCGGGACGAUAUUCGAACACAGAUGAAUUUGGUGGAGACAGCCCUAGCCCUUGGAGCCACACCACGACAAGCUACACUGCAACAAGUGAAAAGGUCGUUAGUCAUUGCAAUGUCACCAGUUAUUGACAACACAAAGACUGUGGGUCUCAUAUCACUUCCCGGAGCAAUGACCGGACUAAUAAUGGGGGGAGCCUCUCCGGUAGAAGCCAUUCAACUUCAAAUGGUGGUUAUGAACAUGCUCAUUGGGGCUUCAACCAUGAGUAGCAUUAUGUCUACUUAUUUUUGUUGGCCUAAUUUCUUCACAAAAGCUUACCAACUAGAAACAAAGGUUUUCUUGACAGAAUAAGGGUUCGGUUUGGGUUUAAAUGGGAUGGUUAUUAAUUAGUGGUGACUAUCUAGAUGAUUGCAAGCCGAUAUAUUUAUAUUAGUUAGAUAAUGAAGAUAAUGAUAAGAAAGAAAUCAAGUCUUCGACAUCGUAAAAGUAGAUUUGAUAAAAAAAAAAAAAGAUUCAUGAAAAGGAGUGU